CGUGCCUCUGCAGACUGGGGCUGACUUGCUGGGAGUGUGUGUGAGAGGGGCAGCUGGCGGUCUGUGCUCUGCUCGGCUCACUGCUAGCAAUGGCGCUGCGAGCUGGCCAGCUCUUUUCUCCGUGUCUACUCGCGGUGGCUUUGUUACUGCUCGCCAGCGGACCACAGUCUGUGCUUUGUUGUCCGAGUCGCUGUUUAUGUUUCCGAACCACCGUGAGAUGUAUGCAUCUAAACUUGGAAACCGUACCAGCAGUUUCUCCUCAGACCACCAUUCUAGACCUGAGGUUCAACAAAAUCAAGGAUUUACAACCAGGUUCUUUCAGACGGUUAAAGAACCUCAACACACUCCUCCUCAACAACAAUCAUAUACGAAGGAUCCCCAGGGGGGCAUUUGAAGACCUGGAAAACCUCAAAUAUCUCUAUUUGUACAAGAAUGAAAUCCAAUCAAUUGACAGACAAGCAUUUAAGGGACUUGUCUCUCUUGAGCAACUGUACCUGCACUUCAACAACAUUGAGUCUUUGGAACCUGAAUCAUUCACUCACCUACCAAAGCUGGAACGACUGUUUUUGCACAACAACAGAAUCACCCAGCUCGUCCCGGGAACCUUCUCUCAUCUUCAGGCCAUGAAGCGAUUGCGACUGGAUUCCAAUGCAUUAAACUGUGACUGUGAGCUGCUGUGGCUGGCUGACCUGCUGAAGCAGUAUGCUGAGUCGGGGAAUGCCCAGGCUGCUGCCACCUGCGACUACCCCAGCCGCCUGCAGGGCAGAUCAGUGGCAACACUCACCGCUGAGGAGCUUAACUGUGAGGUACCCAGGAUCACCUCAGAGCCCCAGGAUGUUGAUGUUACAUCAGGGAACACCGUCUACUUCACCUGUAGAGCCGAAGGCAACCCUAAACCACAGAUCAUCUGGCUCAGGAACAACAAUGCUCUCAACAUGCGCGAGGACAGUCGUCUGAACCUGCUGGAAGACGGAACGCUGAUGAUCCAGGACACCAGGGAGACAGACCAGGGAGUCUACCAAUGCAUGGCCAAAAAUGUGGCCGGUGAAGUCAAGACUUCACAGGUCACGCUACGAUAUUUUGGAGCCCCCUCUCGGCCAAGUUUUGUGAUCCAGCCCCAGAACACUGAGGUGCUGGUGGGAGAGAGUGUGACCCUGGAGUGCAGCGCCACAGGACAACCGCAGCCUCGGGUCUCUUGGACAAAAGGCGAUCGGACACCACUGCCCAAUGACGCCCGCAUCAACAUCACUCCCUCCGGAGGGCUUUAUAUCCAGAACGUGGACCAGGCUGACGGUGGACAGUAUACCUGUUUUGCUUCAAAUAAUGUUGAUACUAUACACGCAACUGCAUACAUCAUAGUACAAGCGAUCCCCCAGUUCACGGUCACGCCACAAGACCACUCAGUCCUGGAGGGUCACACAGUGGACUUCUCCUGUGAGGCGACCGGUUAUCCCCAGCCGGUGAUUGCCUGGACACGUGGGGGCAGUCCAUUACCCCUAGAUCGCCGUCACGUGGUCCUGUCUUCCGGUACCCUCCGCAUCACCAGGGUGGCGGCCCAUGAUGAGGGCCAGUAUGAGUGCCAGGCAGUCAGCCCUGUGGGGACUGUGCGCACCGCUGUGCAGCUCAGCAUCCAGCAAAGAGUAACGCCUGUUUUCACAAAUGCUCCAAGGGACCUGACGGUGGAGUCUGGCCAGGACGUCCAGAUUCCCUGCAGUGCCCAGGGCCAGCCACAGCCUGUCAUCACCUGGAACAAGGAUGGUGUACAGGUGACAGAGAGUGGCAAGUUCCACAUCAGCUCUGAGGGUUAUUUAGAGGUGAAGGACGUGGGCACUGCCGAUGGUGGACGCUACGAGUGUGUCGCUCGCAAUCCCAUCGGGUACCAGGUGGCCAGUAUGGUUCUCACUGUCACAGUUCCUGCAGUCAGCAGAGAAGGAGACACCUUUGUGAGCACCUCCAUAGAGCAAGCCAUCCGGAAUGUGGACAGUGCUAUUGAGUCAACAAGGAGACGUCUCUUUGAUGGUCAGCCUCGUACCCCAGGAGAGCUGCUAGCUCUUUUCCGGUAUCCACGUGACCCCUACACAGUGGAGCAGGCGCGUGCUGGGGAGAUCUUUGAGCAGACUCUUCUGCUCAUCCAGAACCACGUCAACCAGGGUCUCAUGGUGGACACCAACGGCACCGCAUUUCGCUACAACGACUUGGUGUCCCCACACUUUCUGGAUGUGAUCGCCAACCUGUCUGGCUGCACAGCCCACCGUCGCUUCAACAACUGCUCUGAUAUUUGCUUCCACCAAAAGUACCGCAGCCACGACGGCACCUGCAACAACCUGCAGCACCCUAUGUGGGGCGCCUCACUCACUGCCUUCGAACGACUUCUGAAGUCAGUCUAUGAUAAUGGCUUUAACUUGCCAAGAGGUGCUACUGAGCAGCUGCAUAAUGGAUACAGGUUGCCUCUGCCGAGGUUGGUGUCCACCACCAUGAUUGGUACAGAAACCAUCACUCCUGAUGACCGCUACACGCACAUGCUGAUGCAGUGGGGUCAGUUCCUGGACCAUGACUUGGACUCGACAGUGGCGGCUCUCAGUCAGUCGCGGUUCUCCGACGGCCAGCUGUGCACUCAGGUCUGCACCAAUGACCCACCAUGCUUCCCAAUCCAGUUCCCACCCAAUGACCCACGGCAGCUGCGAAGUGGGGCCCGCUGCAUGUUCUUUGUCCGCUCCAGCCCCGUGUGCGGCAGUGGGAUGACUUCUCUUCUCAUGAACAGUGUAUACCCAAGAGAGCAAAUCAAUCAGCUGACCUCUUACAUCGAUGCUUCAAAUGUCUACGGCAGCUCACGCCAUGAAUCUGAGGAAAUCCGCGACUUAGCCAGCCAAAGGGGUCUGCUCCGGCAAGGUAUCAUCCAGCGAACAGGGAAGCCUCUUCUGCCGUUUGCCACUGGACCACCCACUGAGUGUAUGAGGGAUGAAAAUGAGAGUCCAAUUCCAUGUUUCUUAGCUGGAGAUCACCGUGCCAAUGAGCAGCUUGGUCUGACUGCCAUGCACACGGUAUGGUUCAGGGAGCACAACCGCAUAGCCACAGAGCUACUGAGACUGAAUCCCCAUUGGGAUGGGGACACCAUCUACCAUGAGGCCAGGAAGAUAGUGGGGGCCCAGAUGCAGCACAUCACCUACAGUCAUUGGUUGCCAAAGAUCCUGGGUGAGGCAGGCAUGAAGAUGAUGGGGCCAUACACCAGUUACAACCCCAAUGUUAACACUGGCAUCCUCAAUGCUUUCGCCACUGCUGCUUUCCGCUUCGGGCACACCCUCAUCAACCCAAUACUCUACAGGUUAGACGAGGACUUCCAGCCUAUCCCCCAGGGACACAUCUCUCUGCAUCGUGCCUUCUUCUCCCCGUUCCGCAUUGUGAACGAGGGCGGAAUUGACCCACUCCUUCGUGGGCUCUUUGGCGUCGCUGGUAAAAUGCGGGUGUCCACACAACUGCUGAAUACAGAGCUGACGGAGAGGUUGUUCUCUAUGGCCCACGCUGUGGCUCUGGAUCUGGCUGCUAUGAAUAUACAGAGAGGAAGGGAUCAUGGAAUGCCACCGUACAAUGAUUACAGGACCUUCUGUAACCUGACCUCGGCUCGGACGUUUGAUGACCUGAGGAAUGAAAUUAAGAAUCCUAGUGUCAGAGAGAAACUGCAGAGGCUGUACGGCACUCCUCUAAACAUCGAUCUGUUCCCUGCACUGAUGGCUGAAGACCUGGUCCCUGGAAGUAGAGUGGGGCCCACCCUCAUGUGUCUGCUGGUAACUCAGUUCAAGCGCCUGCGGGAUGGAGACAGGUUCUGGUAUGAAAACCCAGGCGUGUUCACUCCUGCCCAGCUGACCCAGUUGAAGCAGGCCUCCCUGACACGGGUGCUGUGUGACAACGGGGACAAUAUCACACGCAUCCAGCAAGACGUCUUCAGGGUGGCCGAGCUCCCCCACGGCUACGGCAGCUGUGAUGACAUCCCUCAGAUUGACCUGCGCAUGUGGCAGGACUGUUGUGAAGACUGCAGAACCAAGGGUCAGUUCAAUGCCCUGUCAUACCACUUUAGAGGACGCAGAUCAGCUGAGCACAGCUACAAAGAGGAAAGACCUGCCAACAGCGUCCAGGAGAACAGCCCAGUGGAGGAAGCUCUAGAAAGUCUUGUAAAUGUUACUGUGACCUCCAAAAAAAGCACUGAACCCUCAAUCAGCGACUUCCAGGACUUUGUCUCCGACAUGCAGAAGACAAUCACAAGUUUACGAAAGCAGAUUAAAAGACUGGAGGCCCGUCUGAGCAAGACUGACUGCACUGAUAAUGAGGGACGUGAGCGAACAGAUGGAGAGCGGUGGAAAAAGGACUCCUGCACCAUAUGUGAAUGCAGAGACAACCAGGUGACCUGCUUUGUGGAGUCUUGUCCACCAGCUGAGUGCAAACGGCCCGUCAAACUAAAAAGCGCCUGCUGCCCAGUGUGCCUUCAACACGCAGAUGUUAAGGAGCAGCAAAAAGCAGACACCCGCCACAAAUAACCCUCAGGACCCCCCGACAAACACACUCUAGUGGCUGAGAGUCACACACUCACACACAGACAUCCAGAGAGAGGAUGGGACUCAUGAAGGUGUGCCAAUCCACAGCCACCAAUAGCCUCGAUAGACCCAAUAGCCUCAGUUCUUGUUUUGUUUCAUUUUGUAUUCUUUUUCGUUGAUUGGGGGAGGGGGGUGAUUUUAUUUUUAUUUUUUAUUUUCGGAUUGUUGCCCCCACCAGGGCCAGCAGCCUGAGGCUCAGUUUGAAAUCCUCUGGAAACCAGCCAGCGAUCACUAAAUGGAUUUAUUUCUGAACCCGACGGGUGGAUGGAUGGAUGAAUGGGUGGAUUGUAAACACGACGGACAAACCUCGUCUCCUUGCUCGGAGUCCAUUGAGGCUUCUGAAGUGUAACAAACAGCCACUGUGUUUGCUCUCCUGCGACUAACACUUGGUGACAAAACGCAGGGCCACUUGCCGUCGACAAGCAGGAAAGGGAAGUAGAAUAAAAGGCGGCAGCCAUUUUGUUGUCUCACAAAAGUUUCUCAGGUUAGAGAUGCCGAAAACUGGUGCUAUUUCCCCCCCUCCUUUUUUUUUUUUUUAUUA